AUGAAUCUCACCAAGUCCAAUUCUCAGAAGGGGUUUAGGAUACUCUAGAAAUCUUCACUAAGUCCUGCCCAUAAAUUGUCUCCAGAGAAGUCGAAACUCUCCCUCAAAACUCGAAAGAAUAGCGAAUUACUGAAGUUAAUGGUCUCUCCGAAGCUGAUUACCAAUUAAACUACUCAAGAGGGAUCAUUUGUAAAGAGAGAAACUACUCUCCAGAACUCACAGAUAAUGGAUGUUGUAUUGGUGAUCGUCCAUGUCGGGCAGUAGUAAUUGCGAUUCACUUUCACUCGCAACAUCACUACAACCUAAAUGCGGGCAGCCUUGCUGUAAAAGCUAAAACUGAAGAUUGUGGCAUUUACCACUGUUGAUCACAACAUUCUCAUAGAUUAUUAUCUGACUCUUGAAGAACGACCAAUCAUUUGGCCUGAAUUGCAAUUGGAAUGUCAAGAACCAGUACUCACUGCUCAACAUGUCUCGCUUAAGGACUUUCAAAUUUUGAAAUGCAUAGGAGCGGGUGGAUUUUCAAAAGUCUACUUGGUGAGAUCAAAAAUGAACGGUCACUUCUAUGCCAUGAAACUAGUAGACAAAGAGUUCAUCAUCAAGUACAAGAAAGCAGGUAUUUUAUGUUAUAUAUAUAUAAAUCGAAGAAUUGCUCCAAAAUGAAAGAGAUAUCAUGGCAUUCAUCCACCAUCCGUUUACAAUCCAAAUGCUCUUCUCCUUUGAGAGUCGAAACUUUGUUGUGUUUAUACUCGAGUUCUGUAGUGGAGGAGAACUCUUCUAUCAACUCAAAACCCUCAAGAGAAUGUCUGAAGAGUAGGCUCAAUUCUACUUUGUGGAAAUCUGCAUCAGCAUGUUGUACUUGCACUAAAUGGGAAUCAUGUACCGUGACAUCAAACCUGAAAACAUACUUCUCGAUUUGGAUGGACAUAUCCGUAUCUCUGAUUUCGGACUCUCUAAACUCACCACUCCAGAUGAAUUUGCGUACAGUUUUUGUGGAUCUCCAGAAUACAUGGCUCCGGAAAUGCUCCUCAAACGGGGACACACCAUAUAAGUAGAUCAUUAUUGUCUGGGGGCUCUCCUUUAUGAACUAGUUACAGGUUUGCCUCCCUUCUACAGCAAAAACACUCAAAAAAUCUAUGAUUCCAUACUUAAUGAAUAAGUCACUUUUCCACAAUUCCUAACUCAAGAAAUCAAAGAUCUCAUGUCUGGCUUAUUGGCCAAAGAUCCUCAUAAGAGAUUGGGAGUUCGAGGAGGAGUCAGAGAAAUUCUGCAACACAAAUGGUUCAAGAAGGUUAAUCUCACGGAUAUCCUCAUGAAAAGAGUGACUCCACCCAUCCGACCUGAUAUUCAGAAAUUGAAUUUUGAGACUAAGAAUUUGCAAUAGGGAGACUUGGAAGUGAGAGAGAAGCUGAUUGGAAAAGCAGGCUUCAAAAAGGAUUUUAAAAUAUUUGAUGAAUUUUACUUUGAUUAUAGAGAAAAUGUACGAAUAGCAGAUUAACAAAGAUUAUUGAAAGAACACAUAAAGAAUGUAGAUUCUAUUCAACAGUAGAAACCUCGUUCAUUAGAUAAGAUCAUAUCUGAGGACAGUAGACAGUCGAAAUUGUAAAAACGAUUAGAGCAACAGACCUCUCUUAGAACAAGUCCCCAGAAAGGGUCCGCAUUGAUGAGUAACAAUUUCAUGCAAACAGGGGGAUUGAAAACGGAAAGCUCUGAUCUAACAUCUAGUAAACGACGCAUAACUUGA